CGGCGUCCGACUCACGCUAGCGCGCACAGUCCCACGCGGAUCUUCGCGCGCGCCUGCUGCUCUAAGUGUCAUCGCGAAUCGGGGUGUUUGUCCGCUCUCGUCGCGUCUUUCUUUCUUCUCGUUCACCACGCCGAGGAGAUCGCCAACGACCGACCUCGCGGGCACGUUCUCGAUUUCACGCGGAUUUACGGUUACGCCAGAAUAUACGUCGCGACGACGAUGCCGCGGCCGCGUGUGUGCCAGCGAGGAACGAGCCGCCAACGGAAAAGGAAAAAAGACGACGGGAGAGUACGACGAGCGAAGCAAGAGAGAGAAAGAGAGAGAGAGAGAGAGAGAGAGAGAAAACAACACGCUACUCGCGGCCAUUUUAACUGCGCCGUACGCUAACCCGGGCCACCCAGUGUGUAGUAUACGAGAGCCAGAGAACCGCCGUGCCGCCGCCGCUCUCUCCUUAGGCUUAAACUGCGUCUCUCGCGUGUGCGCUUUGCUUCUGCGCACGCGAGUCGGGACAUGUUUCCUCGCACAUACACACGCCAGAGGACGACGCUCGUGCGUUCUACGCACACUUUCUCGCUCCCCGACCGAGUUGUUUGUCGCGUUCGGGCACGUCUUUCGUCACGAUUCCGAGGCAAGUCGAAGAAAAUUGACAGCGACCACGACGCCACUGCCGCACGGGAAUCGUCCAUGGUACAGUGUGUGACACACGCGAACGGAUGGUCAACGGAACGUGUGCGCGCUCGACCGGUAUGUUUGCUCGUUUCGCGACGGGAAGCGCGCCAAUCGUCGGCCUGGUGAGAAUCGGGUGUACCCGUUGCAUCAUGCUCGGACGUAUCGUGCGCGGGACAAGGAGAGAGACUCUAUCGCGGAAUCCCCCCGUGGGAAGGAACGGCAGGACGAUAACAAAGGAAUGAUCAAUCGAAGUGUGUCGGAGGAGCGAAGGAAAUUUGUUCAGCCGGUAAGAACGGACUUGACAGCGACCGGGGUUACCCUAUGAUAACUCGUGCGGAAGAAUCGGGACGGAAUAAUUGGAAGUGCGCGAAGGCAUGGGGAAAAGGAAUAUACCAUUGGAGGUUAGGAAUCACGGUAAACCGAUCGAGGCGCGUUGUACCGAGCGGGAAGCAAGAGGGCAGGAGUGUGGUGUAUGUGUGGCAGCGUGUGGCGCUAGUGCCGAAUUCCAAACACGACGAGGACGAGGACGAGGACAACGAUCGUGUAACGAGGAAAGGAGCCGAAAACACAGGGAAUCGGGAAGAUGCUGGUUGAGAUCUUUCGCACCUCCGUUAGCACCGGGACGAAAUUCAACAUCAGCGAAAUCAUGAGAAUGGUGGAUCAGAUCGUCACAUACCCUGACGUGCAAAUACGAACGGACCUGUUGGAGCAAAUACCGGAAGCGGCGUCGAUCUGCCACGAGUACCCGCACUUAUUCGACAACGUCCUCCACGAUUACCUGCUCAGCUUCAUUAUCACGUUUCUGCAAGAACGGGACAACCAGAUACGAAUGUCGGCCCAGACGGCGGUGUUGGCGCUGACCAAGAAGGGACUGCUCGACAACAACACGAUCGAGACGAUACUGUGCCCCCAAAUAGAAAUGCUCUGUAGGUCCGUCGAUUUCAUUAACUGUGGCGUCUCCCUCAUGUGCAAGUUAGCACCUUUCAUCGGCGAAGACCUGGCGGAAAAGAUUUUUCUGGAUAAAUACAUUGCCCUCUGCGAGGUGUUUUACACGAGAAAAAUCUGCGCCUCGCACUUCGGGGAGUUUUGCGCCGCUGUCAGGAGGAAAACCCUUUUUCGAAAAUUGUUCCCGUUAUACAUCGACCUGUGCUUCGAUAAAGUGUGGGGCGUCCGGAAAGCGUGCGUGGACGUGAUGAUGUCAGUUUCAUGCUGCAUGACCCUUCAGCACCGUCGAUUACUCUUGGCAGAGCUGCUGGCCGCGCAUCUUAACGACGAGUCGAAAUGGGUGCGAAUGUCUGCCUUUCAAAUUUUAGGACCAUUUAUAUCUACGUUCGCGAAACAGUUUACCGAAGUAACUUAUAAUCAUCACGGCGAACUAGUGUUUACCAGCCAACAAGAUACCCGUUUCAGUAUAAGGUAUCUGUACGAGGGAAUUUUCCCCGCGAAAUGCACCAUACAAAGUCACAUGGUAGACACGGAGGAUUAUAAUUCUAAGGAUAACUUCGAUUCAUCUGUGAUAAUACAAAAGCCAAUUUACGAAGAUGACGACGAGGAGGACGAGUCCCAGGAGGAUUACAUUUUCACCAUGAGAGCUUAUAAGACGAAGAUACAGUGGAAGCAUUUGCAAAACGACGAGGACGAUACGGAAAAUUUUAAUCCGUUCCUGUAUUUCUACAUAUCACCAGACCUUCCACUGGACGAGGAGCUCGUGGAAUCCGCCAAAAGGUCCGCUGCCGAAAGGUCCGGUGGCAGGAGAUCCAUCGUGCAGGACGAUAUAGAUCAGAACCUGUUCACCAACACAACUGCAUCCAGUAAAGCAUCAUCGUUGGACUAUGUAUUGAAAGGGAACAAAUAUCCGGCUAACAAAUUCGAAGUAGUGAAUUUCAAUGACCAAGAGAUCGUUCCGCAGCAUCUGGUCGAUUCGUUCUUAUCGAUGGCCGGUCCAGAAGAGUACUUCGACAUGGGCACGGAUCUUCCGCAUUACUGUGCUUUCAGCUUUGCAGCUGUUGUACUCACGUUAGGGAGAGAAAAUUGGCCGUAUUUGAAGCCUGCCUAUCAGUCUUUGGCGAGCGCUAAUCAGUGGAAGGUGAGACGGACAUUGGCCUCGAGUAUUCACGAAAUCGCCAAUAUUCUCGGGGAAGAACUCACUGCCACUGAUCUCGUUCCGAUCUACGAUGGAUUCAUCAAGGACCUGGACGAGGUCAGGAUAGGUGUACUCAAGCAUCUAGCGACAUUUCUGAAGAUGCUCAGACCGGAGGAUCAGCGUCAGUAUUUACCGAGGCUUAAAGAAUUCCUCACCACCGAUACCGAAUCCAACUGGAGAUUUCGAGAGGAGUUGGCCACUCAGCUGUUGGAAAUUGUGAACCUCUUCAGUCCUGCAGACGUAGAACGGCACAUUGUGUCUUUGUCCCUUGAUCUGCUGAACGACAAAGUCGCUGCUGUGAGGCACGUUGCGCUUUCUUUGGUGACGCAGAUAGUAGCUCACCUUUCUGUCAACGAAUGCCUGGUCACAGCGCUGUUUCAAGAGCUUAGAUUUUUCCUUGGUUUGUACGCGAAGAAAUGGGUUAGAAGACAGACGUUCGCCCUCGUGUGCGCGAAAUUAAUAUCCAGUAACGCCAUCAGCGGUGACAGGUUUUCGCAGGAAAUGUUACCUAGUUUGUUAAAGUUAUCUUCGGACAAAGUACCAAACGUGAGACUAGCUGUAGCGAGGACCUUGUCGAAAAAUGUUAUUCCUAUGGGUUCAGAGUGGUUGGGAGUUGAACGGGCACAAGAAGUGGAGAGGAAGCUCAGACAAAUGAGAUCAGAUCCAGACAGAGACGUCCGAGUGCUAGCCGGUGGCGAGGAAAAUUCUGUAUUAGAUAUACAUGUCGCAAACGAAAACUAAAUAAUCGAGAAACAUAAUGUUUUAACGAACUGAAGCACCGUGAAGAUCAACUUCUUAUUAUUUCCUGCCAUACGAAUCAAUUUUAUACUGGGACCGCCAAAAGAGGAAAUAAGAGAAAGGAUGCAGUAUGAGUGUUUUAUGUGAAUUAUCUUUGUAAAUGUAAGAAGAAAGAAUGGAAAAUUCAACAACUCAAUUAUGUCGAGAUGAAGAGUUACUUCAAAGAAUAUUCUGGUGUAUCUAUGAUGUAAAAAUAAGCUCAAGUUUUACACAAACAAAGGAACAAAAUAUGAUGAACCAUUUAGUGCAGUCAAGAUAGAAAAAGUGCAACUUAGGGUUGUCGUUACGACCAAGGGAUCGAUGGUUUUCGCGCCCUUCUAGAUUAAGACAGAUUAUAAGUAUCGAUGGUUAAAAGACAUUACGCAGUUAUAUAAGAGUGUGUAUGCGUGUUUAAAAGGAAGUGAUCGUGCACUGCCACUCUAAAGUAUUAAGACACUUGUUUAAUUGUACUAAAUUCCCGAGGAAAAGCCAUGAAGUUAUCGAUGAAUUUCGUUAAAUUUUAUGUACCAUAUUUUGUACCGUAUCAGAGAAUAUAUUUUACUAAUAAUUCAUUAAAUAUCUCACCAAUAAUAAUAAAAAGUAAUUAUAUCUUCUUUCUAUGUAUAUAUCC